AUGAUUGUAGAUUAUGAUGCAUCAUCACCUUUUUAUCAUAUCUCAAUUUAUUUUGAUAUAAUGCAAAAUCAUAUUGAAUUAAUAUGUCAAUUUUUAACAGAUGAUACACGUCAUUUAUUACGUUUUAUCAUACUUAUAUCAAUAUAUUUUAAAACAAAAUCUUUUCUUAAUCUUUAUCAAAAACAUGAUUUAACUAUAUCAAAUAAACAAAUAAAUCAAUUAUUACUUAUACCAUCUUAUGAUUUUGAUUGUCUUUAUUAUUUAACAAAAAAUAAAAGAAAAUAUAUACUAUAUAUUUAUUGA